GUUGUAGCUUCAUUCCUUCCUUCACUUAAUACUCCACAGGAAAAGUAGACCAUCGUAUGUGUUGUUGUGUUUGCGUUUGACGUGGUUUUCCCGGCGACAUCUUUCUUCCGAGUUUCCUCAUAGCUCUAGCUGAACCUCAUCUCAUCAUCUCGCUCAAAACCAUCUUUCUCCGUCUCCGACACCAAUACCACAAUCUCAACAACAACCACCUACUUCUUCUCCCUUAUCGCCUAAUCAUUCUAUCUUCUAAUUUCCUUGUCGGAAACUUUCACUUUCAUCCGUCUGUUUUCCCUCGUGCCAUUCCAACAUGUCUGCAGAACCUGAUCACGCUAAGCACAAGGUCAACUUGACCGACCCCUCGGGUGCAGAAAAACAUGAGGAGCUUGACACAUCCACAGCCAUUCUAAAAAAGAAGAAAAAGCCAAACACCUUACUUGUUACUGAUGCUGUUAACGAUGACAACUCAAUCAUUGCGCUUUCCAACAACACCAUGGAAACACUCCAGCUGUUCCGUGGUGACACCGUCCUGGUCAAGGGGAAAAUGCGAAGAGAUACUGUUCUGAUUGUCUUGGCUGAUGAUGACCUGGAUGAUGGGAGCGCUCGUGUAAACCGUGUCGUUAGGCAUAACUUGCGGGUUAAACAUGGCGACGUCAUCACCGUCCACCCAUGCCCGGAUAUCAAAUACGCCAAGCGAAUCGCUGUCUUGCCUAUUGCGGAUACCGUGGAGGGUCUAACCGGCUCUCUCUUUGACGUUUUCCUUGCCCCAUAUUUCCGCGAAGCCUACCGACCUGUUCGACAAGGUGACCUUUUCACUGUAAGAGCUAGUAUGCGUCAGGUAGAGUUCAAGGUCGUCGAAGUGGAUCCCCCAGAAUACGGCAUUGUGGCUCAAGACACAGUUAUCCACUGCGAAGGUGAACCCAUCCAGCGUGAGGACGAGGAGGGUAACCUGAACGAUGUUGGGUAUGACGACAUUGGAGGCUGCCGAAAACAAAUGGCUCAGAUCCGUGAGUUGGUUGAGCUACCUCUUCGCCACCCUCAACUCUUCAAAUCUAUCGGAAUCAAACCACCCCGUGGUAUUCUCAUGUUUGGCCCCCCCGGUACUGGAAAAACCCUGAUGGCUCGUGCUGUUGCCAAUGAAACUGGUGCUUUCUUCUUCCUCAUCAACGGUCCUGAAAUCAUGUCAAAAAUGGCAGGUGAAUCAGAAUCGAACCUGCGAAAAGCAUUCGAAGAAGCAGAGAAGAACUCUCCCGCCAUUAUCUUCAUUGAUGAAAUUGAUUCCAUUGCUCCCAACCGUGACAAGACCAACGGAGAGGUCGAGCGUCUUGUUGUCUCCCAGCUUCUCACAUUAAAGGAUGGCAUGAAGGCGCGCUUUAAUGCCCUGGUCAUGGCUGCACCACCGCCCAUUUCGUGGAUCCGGCUACGUCGUUCGGGCCCCCAUUGCCCUAGUGGAGGUUCCCUUGGAUGCGGAGUUUUGGGCCUCCCUGGGGGGGCCCAUGGAAAACUUUCUCCGCGCUUGGUGUCUCCAACCCAUCCCGCUCUUCGCGAAGUUGCCGUCGUCGAGGUCCCCAAUGUCCGCUGGGAAGAUAUCGGAGGUCUGCACGAGGUCAAGCGCGAACUCAUCGAGAGCGUCCAAUACCCUGUCGAUCACCCAGAAAAGUUCCUCAAGUUUGGUCUUUCUCCAUCCAAAGGUGUUUUGUUCUAUGGUCCUCCUGGAACUGGUAAGACACUUCUUGCGAAGGCUGUUGCCAACGAGUGUGCAGCCAAUUUCAUCUCUGUCAAGGGCCCUGAACUAUUGAGUAUGUGGUUUGGCGAGUCUGAAAGCAACAUCCGUGACAUUUUCGACAAAGCUCGUGCUGCUGCCCCCUGUGUUGUCUUCUUGGAUGAGUUGGACUCUAUUGCCAAGUCUCGAGGUGGAUCCGUUGGUGAUGCUGGUGGUGCUUCCGACCGCGUUGUCAACCAGCUUUUGACAGAAAUGGACGGCAUGACUUCGAAGAAGAACGUCUUCGUCAUCGGCGCUACUAAUCGUCCCGAGCAGCUCGACAACGCUCUUUGCCGCCCUGGUCGUCUCGACACCUUAGUCUACGUUCCCCUCCCCAACGAGGAAGAACGUGUUGAUAUCCUGAAAGCUCAACUCCGCAAGACCCCCGUCGCCGCCGACGUCGAUCUGAAAUUCAUCGCUAGCAAAACUCACGGCUUCUCCGGCGCCGAUCUUGGCUUCGUUACCCAGCGCGCCGUCAAAUUGGCCAUCAAACAGUCCAUCGCGCUCGACAUCGAGCGAACCAAGGAGCGCGAAGCUGCCGGGGAAGAUGUGAAGAUGGAUGAAGACCUUGAUGCCGAGGACCCCGUACCGGAGCUUACCCGCGCGCACUUCGAGGAGGCGAUGCAGAUGGCGCGACGCUCUGUGAGCGACGUGGAGAUCCGACGAUAUGAGGCGUUUGCACAAAGUAUGAAGAAUUCCGGUGGGAGCACCUUCUUCCGUUUCCCGUCUGCGGGAGAAUCGGGUGCUACUGAUGGCCAAACCGGGUUUGGUGAUGCCGGCAAUGACGACAGUCUAUAUGACUAAAUUAGGGGGUCAAAUUUGUGAGAGCAGUUGGUUUCUGCU